AUGCAUUGGUACGAUAGAAUAUAUGACGCAUGCAAGCAUUCCAAUGGGUAUUCCGCACCUGAAGCAUUCUAUGGGCCCGGAAAGAAUAUAGCGAGUGGAUGUGAACUUCAACAUAAAACGUUUUCAUACGUCGAUCAUCGUUCAGGGAGAGCAGUUCGAUUGUAUGGUAUUGUAGACCGAUAUUCUCCUGGUGCAGACGCUGAUUUUCUUAUAAGUCAAAUUGUUAACGAUUUACUGCCUUUCGAUCGUACAACCGACCACGUAUUAAACAACGAUCCCAGCGACCGACAAAUAUACUGCCUGUUGGAUGAAGUAUUACGCAAGGUUUAUAAAGUUGAUUUGAACAGUAGCAAUGCAAGCACACGCUCAUAUCUUGGAAGCGAGUCACGUGGGUCACCUGGGUCUUCCGGAAGCAGGCAUGAGAAUAAUGGCACUCUACAGAUCAAUAAUUUAUCAAAUGGAAAUUUUGUAAAGCCAAAUAAUCCAAUAAAUCUACCAAACUCAUCGCCACUGAAUCAGCCAAUUAGUGAGGCGGUAGCACAAAAUUUACCCACCAAAAGAAGAGGUGGUAUGGCUAACAGGAAAUAUGUGACUCGCAAUACAACCUUACCACCAAUUUCGGAAUUAGCUGAAAAAUGGUGGACCGAGGAGGGUGAAUAUCUGACGGGUCCUGAACGGUACAAUUUUGACUUUCCGGAUAAUACAGUUAUUCCGCACUCAAUUCCAACACCAUUCCAAGCAACUUCUGUGACACCUCCUGUAGAAGUGGCGCGAAGUAGCGAUGAUGAUGAAUUUCUCCACGAAAUUGAGAAAGUGGCUAUUGAUCUAGGUUAUAUAGAGAACAGUGCUUUCAAAGAAAGCGGUGAAACGGCAAGCGUUAAAAGUGAAGAUAAGUUCAUGGAUUCUUCCGGUUGUGGCGAUUCAGUUUCAUACACGGCAGCAGCAAUCGUCUUUAUCUAUGGUGAUAAGAUGUUCGUUGGUAGUAUUGGCGAUUCGAGGAUUGUUCUGAUGCGCCAAAAGUGUCAUUAUCUCGAUGUGAUGUAUUUGAAUGAGCCACCACUUGCUUGGUAUCCUAUUGCAGCAGCAAAAAAUUCAUACUUCAAAGACAAGCAUUACAUUCUAUUUCAAGAGCCAAUCAUUCGUGGUGGAUUUCUGAUUAAUGAGUUUUCGAUCUUUCUUUUGAUGUUCAAUGAAGGUGUCAUUACAAACAUGUUGAAUUUGAAUGAGUAUCACCGAACUUCGAAUGAAAUAAACCGAAGCGCUGUCCAAAUGGUCAUCAAAAUUCUUGAAAAAUAUCCUGAAGGAGAUAUUGCGCAAAAAUUUGUAGCACAUAUCAAGCACAGUUGCAAUCGCAAAUACAGACCGGUUGCUGAAUUCAGUACUGUUAAGCGAGAGGGAAUGUCAUUUUUGUUUGCAGACCUCCGACAACUAAUUCCAACAAAGCCAGAAUACGAUCAGCUUCUGAGGACUUAUCAACCAAAGCCAGAUAUUUCGGAAUCAACGAUAGAGGCGUAUCCAAGAAUGACGGAAUACUCAAGCCCGCUGGAAGAUAAUGAGGAAGCAAUGAAUAAUGCUCUAUCGAUGAACAAAGUAUACGAUAUGUUUCAAGAAAUAUUCGAUCGUGAGGAAAGUGAACGUCGAGCAAUGAACAGUGCUCCUUCUGCUCCUCCUGUGAUAAAUGAAAAUACGUGGGUGUUUCUGAGAAGUGAUCAGAACUAA